AUGACAAAAUAUUACGCUUAUGGAGUGUCGCUUAGUAAAGGACAAUUGGAAAAGCUUUUGAGAGCUUACAAUAAUAAUUCAGCAAUAACAAUCAGACUUAACUUGCCAGAAAUGAGUUAUCCGGUCCACAUGAACUAAUGCUAACAAAACUCAGAUCAAUAAAUUGAGAAAACCAAUGAGUCAGGGUACAGGGUCGGAUAUCAAAAUAUCAAAAACACAAAUCAGAAAGGCCAUUAAACACGGUGGUAGUUUGUUGGGAUCAUUGAUCAGUUUAGGAAGUAAGUUGCUACCUAUGGCCAUGCCACUCUCUCAGCCAAAAAAGCUAUCGCACCGCUUGCAACUGGCGCAGGUCAGAAAAAGGAUAUUCUUAAUUCUCUCCAAACGGGUAGUGGAUUUGUUAUCAGACCAACGAAAACACAGAGCGGCGGGUUUCUUGGUACUCUACUAG